CCCACCGACCCCAACUCCCACUCUCCUUCUCUCACCAGAUCGUCGCCGGGCAGUGCUGACCUUCGCACCACCACCACAGUCGUUUAGCUUCUUACACGCUCAUUUUUGUGUGUCUUUCCUUCCAUCGCCAGUCCGACCUCAACACCACUCGUUAAUUCAUCUACAGCUUCUAAUUCUCGAGGUUACAUCUUCCAACCGACUCCUUCACUAUCACUGCAACUUUCCAACCGUCCGAUCGUUGAUUUGCUUCUUACAGUCCUUUCUGCAUCGGACCAUGUACUGAUCCGCCCUCGAUCCCGUCAACCAUGGAUAGGCACAGCAACUCGCGACAUGGCCGCCAGCCGCUCGCUGACACGACCAAGCGAGUCAACAAUGCAACAGUCGUCAGCACGGCGCGUUCCCAUCACAAAGGCAAUGAUGAGAAUUACGUAUUGAGGUCCAAGAAGGUUGUCAGAGGCUCGUCAACAUCUGUUGUCGCCGGUACAAGUCAUCAAGUCGAGCGUCAGACGAAAGGCACAUCAGAUCGACCAGUUGCAGUAGAACGCCCUGCGCCAGUCAGUCAGCAUCUUUCAGCUGUUUCUCAGGAAGUCGACCUCGAAGCCGCCCGGCGCAUCUCUCAAUUUUCCAAUGUUUCUUCCAAUGCCUCCACCACAAGACAGCUCAAGACACACAUUGGACCUUGGCAGCUGGGCAAGACAUUAGGCAAGGGGACUUCGGCGCGUGUUCGUCUCGCACGUCACCGUGUUACUGGCCAAUUGGUGGCCAUCAAGAUUUUGUCCAAAAGCACCGCCUUCAUCAACCAGUCGGGUAGUCUGGCCAAUCUUGACCGGCUCGAACAUCGAACUCCCCAAACCGAUGCGGAAGGCGGUCUUCGUCGAAUGCCGAUAGCUAUCGAGCGCGAAAUUGCCGUCCUUAAGCUCAUCGAGCAUCCAAACAUUAUCAAACUGCUUGACAUUUGGGAGAACAGGUCGGAGAUCUACAUGGUCACCGAAUUUGUUGAAAAAGGCGACAUGUUUGAGUUUAUCCGCUCCGUUGGUGCUCUACGUGAAUGGGAGGUCGUCUUUUACUUCCGCCAGAUCAUGAGUGCGCUGGAUUACUGCCAUUCAUUGAACAUCUGCCACCGAGAUCUGAAGCCGGAGAACAUUCUGCUUCACAGCAGUGGUCAGGUCAAAAUUGCAGACUUUGGGAUGGCGGCUUUGCAACAAAGCCAACACCAUCAGCUCACAACGGCCUGUGGAAGUCCUCACUAUGCGGCUCCGGAGUUGCUUCGACACCAGGCCUACAAAGGCUCAGCGGUCGACAUUUGGAGCAUGGGCGUCAUCCUGUUCGUCAUGCUUGCUGGCUAUUUGCCGUUUGAUGACGACGACCUUGGUGUCAUGAUUCAAAAGGCCAAACGCGCCGAGUACCGCAUGCCCCCGCAUUUGAGCAGGGAAGCUCAGGAUCUGAUCCGGAGGAUGCUGGUGCCCCAGCCUGCGAAUCGUAUUACCAUGGCCCAGAUGUGGCAACACCCGCUCAUCCUCAAGUACCCCGAUAUUCCGCAAUGCUUCGAGUGGGAACAGCGCCAGCAAUCAGGUUUGCAGAAACGCAAUGUCUCGCCCAUCCCUGAGGCGGAGGUGGACAUUCAGAUUCUGAGACAGCUCAAGGCGCUCUGGCACGCGUACCCCGAAGCUGAGCUCAAGCUCAAGUUGGCCCAGGAAAAACCGAACGAUCAGAAACUGUUCUAUCACCUGCUCUAUAAUCACCGUGAAGUCCAGUUGGAAAACUACAACAACAACGUACCCAUCUCGAAGAGCGAUUAUCAUCACCUCAAGCCUCCCAACUGGGGCAAACGCAUCUCCACUUGCGAGUUUACCCAGCCAGGGCGAUACGGUCAGAAACGAGCAGUGUCAAAGUUCACAGUCAUCUCGAAUGUGCCGGGGAAAGCAGACAAGGACGAAACGGGCACAAUACGCAGCUAUGAUCCUUACAAUGCGUCCCGGGUGUUCCAUUCUGCCCCGUACGCCAGUCACGCCAAGAUUAUAAUUCACCGCAAUGGCUCUCAGGAUGGCAUCGGACGUUCUCCCACCACUGUCUCGCACUCGUAUCGUUCAUACAGGUCCAAGGGUGGUUCGGUGCGACACCAGCUUCGAACCCCUUCGCAACGGACCGCGACAACAGCCGGUCGUCUGCGGACCCCUCGGGGCUCCAUGGGCUCAAUUCAUAGCCACCACAGCACCCCGAGAGUUCGUGUCAGCAGCAGGCUCUCCAGGCGUGGGGUUGACUUCUCAGCAGUCCGCAAAGGUCAGAAGUAUCAGGGAAGCCGACAUGGUUCUGUGGCUGCCCCAGCUAGCAUUGCGGGCGACAACACGACAUACGACCGCGAUGCCUACUCGCCACGGAAAGCCACCAAGACCCCAAGGCCUACGACCACCGUGUCUAUGGCUGACGUCAACAACAACAAGAAGGAGGAGAGGGUGCUUUGGGGCGAGGAACUCAAACAGUUUCAUACCUCGAUUGCCCGAGACAUUGACGAAGCCUUCGGUAGCUCACUCCUCGUGUCAGCGCCCAGCGAGACGUUACUUCAGAGCCGUGAAGCCAGCCACUUGAGCUUUUCUUUGGCUGAUUCGUCUUUUGCGCAAAUGUCGCAGUCGUCGCUUGCUGGUCCGCGCUCGUUUGCGAGUAAUCAGCGAGAGUAUAGUAGACCAUUGCCUCCAGUUCCGUCCCAAUCCACCGUCUCUCCUCUGUCAAUCCGCAAGCAGAGUCUGGAGGUUGCGCCUGUAACGCAUAAAGUCUCACUCCUUGACCCUGGCUCAAGCAUUCAUCUUCCUGAUCGUCGGGUGGUGUCAGAUCCGAUUCACAACCGCUCAGUGAAGACAGUCAACCCGCUUCCAUCUAUUUAUGAGAGCAGCCCGGAGGCUGUCCCUGCAGAAACCCCAGUUCGUGUUAAGAACAGAGGGCUGGAUUAUUUGUCCCGGGCUGAGAACACCAUUCGGGUGGUGAACUCGCCAACGGCGGUAGAAGGUGGCGAUCUGGCUGCGGUUCCGCGGCCGCUCAACGUCCGCAAGCUAUCUCUCCAUCCAACCAAGAACGAACGCCCUACCACUGUUCAGGAGUCACGAAGACAUGCAUCCUACUCGGGUCAUCAACCGACCCGCUCGGUUGACAAUACAGAGAAUGGCGUUGGUGCGCAGCCCAAGAACAGGGUGUCAUCUUGGUUCAAACGCGCCUCCAAGGAUGGAAACAGCCCCGCCGUUACCCCCACCACCGGGACGUUCCCCCAGCACGGCGAGGAAUACGCCGGUUCGGAGGCUAGCGGGCCGCCCAGCAGGCCUGUCUCGUAUUCCAUCGACGAGCCUGCGGCAUCGCGCGCUCAGAAGAAGAAGGCGUUUGGUUUGUCGUUCUGGAAGAGCAACAAGGAUGGGCCGAAGAUGUCUAUUGGAGGUGAGAAGAAGACGCUGUGCUAUGUCUUCAGCUGUGACAUGCUAACUUUGCUUGCCAUGAUAGAUUCCGAGUUUGAAGAUGUGCACGUCCACGAAGACGGCAGGUCUCAGAAGAGAUCUAAGGAGAAGCACAACAGUAUGGCCGCUCAAAGUGUCUGGUCUGAGAGCGAUGGGGGUGGCCGUAAGAUUGAGGUGCAGCAGAACUGGCUGGCACGGCUAUUCAGGGUCAAGCCGGCCAUGCGAUAUCUUUGCUUUGCCAUCCCCAAGCGGCGCGCGCGUCAGGAGAUGGCGAUCUUGCUUCGUGACUGGCGCAAGUAUGGCAUCAAGGAUAUCGAGGUUGACAAGGAGCGCAACAUCAUCUUUGCCCGUGUCGCUGCCAAGAACUAUCUCAACCUCAAGGAAGUAUCUUUUGCCAUUGAGCUCAUGACCGUCAUUGAGCACGGGAAGCGAAACCAGCUCUGCAUUGCUCGGUUCACACAAGAGAAGGGUGCCGCCAGCAGCUUCCACAAGGUGGUGGAGGCCAUCAGCACUGCUUUCGAUAACCGGGCUCUCAUGGUUACCGACAAGCGGAAGAUCAGUAUGAUGAUCAAGACGCUCAACUCCUAAUAUCGACGAUGGCCGGACGAGUAUCCUCUUUGCACCUUUUUUUUUUUGUUUUCUUCGGCAUUCUCUCACACCAGCUAUCGGCCACAAUGGAAGGGAAUUUAGGAGGUUUUCUUUCCACUGUCUGCAUCUGGCACUUGGUCUUCGGACCUAGGUUGUUUCUUCGUCUAUAUAUGGCGGAGUCUGGCCACCAGGGUCUGGUAAUAUUACUACUGGAGUGAAAGGUGCUGACGGCAGGUAUACCUUGAGUUUGGGAAAUAGCUUGGAGAAAAGAAGGAAGCAUUGGAGAUGAUCGGGUCAGAUGGAUAAGACGGAGGCCUUGGCUGGGGGGAUUAUUCUUGUUUUGUUGGCAUUUGUAGCGCUGGAGCAUGACGGAGGGAAACAGGGAAGGGGUGUGUUUUGGUUUCCCCUCCCCCCAUUCAGCGACAGAUGGGGCUAAUGCUUUGCAAGAUACCCGAGCUUGGAGGUUCGAGUUUUGCUCGAGGUUUUCUAUACCUUUCGUGCAUUAAAUUCUGGGGUUGUUAGGUAGCAGGCCAGACAGGAUGAAUGUAAUCAAAUAAUGUGUUACCAUUAGU